CGUUCACACAGCCUAGCCUUGCCUUGCAAACACUGCACCAGGACUCAUUUCCUUUCUUCUCGUUGCAUUUCGGUAUCACUACACGCUUAUAUUCGCACUCUAGAAAUUAUUUAUUAGUUUAUAAAUGUACAUUUGAGCCAGUUUAUUGUAUGGUGUAUUAUUUUGGCUAAUUGUUUUCUCUGGAUGUUAACGUUAACUAAGCUAGCUAUAAAUGCUACUAGCUGUUGCUACUGCUUCGUAACGAAUAGCAAGAUUGGCAAGAUUAGAGAUAUUUCGGAAACCAAAAAAAAAGUGAAAACAUAUGAAGAACGAGGUCAAAGCUCAGAAGCAGUAGUUUUAAUAGUUUAGUUGAUGCUUUAAAACGUUUUACGAAAAAAAAAAAAAAACAACAACAACAACAAAACAAGCAGGAGCUCGGCCUGGUCUGGUUUUUUCGCUUCAGCUCAUUCUGCAUUGAUAUUCACCCCGAAGAUGUCUGAGAUCAUCCUCACAUUUCAGACCCAGCUGUCUGGGGUCAUGGAGACAGUGUUUAAAGCUGCUAUAUUUGAGAUCACCAGGCUGGUGGAGGAAAGCUUCCUGGAGGAAGUGUCCCGGAGUCGUGAGCAGGUGGAGUCUCUGAAGAAGAAACUGCAGUGGUCUGAGAGCAAAGGCAGGAGAAGAUGUUUAGAGUGUGCCAACAACAAACUGUCCGCUGAAGAAAAGCGAGACAAAUCUUCUUCGGUCCAAACAGGUGCGGAAAAUGCUCGGAUUCUUAAACAGGAGAGAAGUGUGGAGGAGAGCUGGAGAAGCUGUGGAGCCGAAAAGGCCGUUGAACUCUCUGGAAUGGUGGAAUCCGAGCCCGGAUCCAGUCCGGUUAACGCUGCCAAGAAUGCAGUUCAAGAGAAAGGAAAGAUGGACUGCAUGCUUAAAUCCGAGUCUGCUCAGACUGCCACUGCUACUGAGCUACAAGAGGAGUGGAAACUGAGUACUGAAGUAACAGAAGGCUCUGAUGACUCUGCUCACAAUAAAACCUAUAGUGAGCAGGAGCUGCAGCAGAUUCAGAACGACUGGAGCUCUGGGUUGGAUCAAGCUCCUGACACUGAGCCAGACAUGGACCAUAUCCAGGGUCUCCUCUAUAGAACUCGCUAUAACAUGGAGGACUUGGGAAGCUAUAGCAACCAGGAACUGGAUAUGGGAGGUAUGAAUGGCCUAACAGACCCUCCUCACAGAGCUGGAGAGGUUUUGGGGUUCGGUGUGCUACCAGGAUCUUUGCAGACUGACCUGGGUACAUCUGAGGAAUGCCGAAGAUUGCUCAAAAAUAAACGAGGAAGCAAGGUCUCACCGACGUUACAGGAUGCCUCAGAUACCCGCGACAUGGACUGUUUGCUUAUUAAUGAGGAGGGCUACUUGCAGGAUGUAAGCGGUCUUUCCCAGGCCGCACAUUCCGGAGACUCGCAAGGAAACCCGAUAUACAACAGGGAUACGGUUAACGAUGGUGCCGAUUGCUUUUACGGUGGAGAUGCAUUCAGCCAGCCGCUAGAGCUGAAUAACGGAUCUGCAGGAAUGCUGGGAGACCGAGAUGACAGAGAUCAUUCUUGCUCUCAGUGUAUGAUCAGUUUCCCAGACCAGGUUUCCCUCAAAGCGCAUUUGAACGGCCACCGUCAUCGCAACGUCACCACGUCCUACGUCUGCAACCAGUGUGGAAAGAAGUUCCCUCAAGCCUGCAACCUGAAGGUUCACCAACGCGUGCACCAGAGGGAGGGACUGCACCUGUGCAGCCACUGCGGCAAAGGCUACACGUCCUUCAGCGAUCUGCGGAAACACAGAUGCAGCCAGUCUGGAGACAAACCCUACAGCUGCUCGCUGUGCGGGAACAAGUUCAGCCGCCUGUGGAACCUCAAGCUCCACCGGCGCAUCCAUACACAAGAGAAACCACACCGCUGCAGCAUGUGUGACAAGAGCUUCACCCGGGCGGACAUCCUGAAGGUCCACCAGCGCACCCACACUGGAGAGAGACCGUAUUCCUGCAGGGUGUGUGGACUCACCUUUAAACGCCUCGACCAUCUCCGAUCACACCAGCGGAAACACGGGGCCAAUCUGAAUAACCCUCAGAACUACAAAGACAUUGCCUUGCUGGAACUCCUUUCAGGAGAUCCAAACAGUUCAAAGAACAUUCAAAGACAAAAAGUGUAUGGGACGCGACGAGGCAGCAGGAUGUCGGAUUCGCUCCUCGUGACGUUUCAGACUCAGCUCUCCGGCGUGAUGGAGACCGUCCUGCGAUCAGCUCUGUGCGAAAUCACCAGGCUGGUGGAGGGAAGCUUCUUGGAGGAGAUCGGUCGUGGGAAACGAGAGGCGGAGGUCUUAAGACGGAGAUUGCAAAUCUUGGAAAGCAAACUGGGCGAGAGGGACAGGAUCAGGCGAGUCAGGUGUACAGACUGCGGCAGAGCCGGGCUCUCCAAGAAGGACAUCUCUGGGAGAGACCCCAGGAGCCAAAGUGAAGGUGCAGAGUUGGUUUGUGUUACAAAGCAGGAGGGUGUGUCCGAAGCAGGCAGGAGAAUCUGCGAUAAGGGAAGCGUAACACCAGGUCAAGAGGCCACGUCAACCAUCCCUGACCCUGAACUUAAGGCUCAAGUAGAUGGAGCGAAAGUUGGUGGGGUGGUGAAAGAGGAGGUCGCUGAGGCCUCAGGCGUGCAGAUCUACUCAACGGCACCCUGUCAAACCACAGCAGAUCACAGAGUAUCCCAGAGCCACAAUGCUGGGGAAAAAUCAGGCAUCCACACAUCGCAGCCUGAGAACUGGCUCCCUCCAAGAGACAAGGUACCCAGUACCAGUGCUGGAAUUCAGGAUUCAGUAAAGCAAAAAGCACAAUCAAAAAAGCCAGACACGAAAAUGGAUCACUUGAUGCAUACAUCUCAUUCGCAGCCCGAGCUUACGGGUCCUGCGCCAUCCUCUGUGUCCCCCAAUGUGAACCAGCAGAUAGGCACUCCAGAAUCAGUGGCCAUUAAACAGGAAGUUGUAGUGGUGCUUCCUCCAGAAUGGGAAGAGUUGGACAGGGCGAGGACAGGGACAACGUCUACGGCAAGCAGGGUAAGUCAGGUCCAGGAAGAGCUCCAGCACAGAGAUCCUCUGCCUACAGGAACCUCAGAGGAAAGCAGUGUGGUCUAUCCAAUACCUGGUGGUAAGGAAAGCCGGUCGUCUCAGGUCACGCAGCAGCUCAGGAUGCUGGUUAAAAAACAGCCCAAAUCUGCUGAGCACGCCAAUGUUCAGCUGGCGUCAAGUUCUAGCACUGUGAACGUGUCACGGGGGCAUUCGCUCCACAAGAGCUCCCCUCUGCCCAAACCCUCUCAGGCAUUUCCACAUCUCCAGCGCGCCUACGCAGAUGAGAGAGCCGUCAGUGCCUUGCAGUCUGGAAGAAAUAUCCCACAGACCGUCGGCAUUAGGACACACAGCCACGUUGGGCACCAUGUGGUGAGGACGCCGCACAUCUGCUCGCAGUGUGGUAAGGGCUUUUCGCACCUCUGCCACUUGAGAGCUCACCAACAGAUACAUACAGGAGAGAGGCAGUUCUGCUGUGGACUCUGCGGCCGCAGCUUCACCAAACUCAGCAACCUGAAGGCACAUCGCAGAGUCCACACAGGGGAAAGACCUUAUAUCUGUAUGGACUGUGGAAAACGGUUCACGCAGAAAUGCAACUUAAAAAGACAUCAGAGAAUUCAUUCUGCUCACCUGUGACAAAUGGGUCAGAGACUAUCAUCAGCCUAACUGUGCUUAUUAAAGCGUGAAGAGGUUUUGUGUUUACAGUGUGUAACUGUCCUUAUGUGCAGCUGUCUCUGUUUUUGUAUAUGGGUGUGUGGAUCAUCUCUUUCAGAUAUGUAAGCAAUAUUGUACUCAAGAACAUGCAUAGGUCUAGUUCUUUUCCAUAGUCAUACAGUUGAAGUGGCACCACUAUGAAUCCGAUCCAAUAAAGGACCUUUUUACGUA